CAUGAAUCCUGUUAGAAACGUUAUGUUAGGAUGAUGAUGUUUUUUGCUUGGCAUCACGCUUCUUUUGUGUGACGACGUUAUUCUUCCUCGCUUCUCUGGAUAUUUGAACUUCUCCAACUCUCCAUACCUUUCGAAUCGUGAUUCUUCUUCUCCUUAGACUGCCCACCUUUUGACACCACUCUCCCUCCAGCUUGACUCCUUUGCCCAAAGGACACGGCCUUGUCGCCGCGGUGCUGUCCUGUCGCGUCCACUUUGAUUCCAUUUUUUUAAUAGUACCUCCGCAUAAUUUAGAGUUCAUUCUUCAUCCUCUUCAUCGUUUGACGCCGACAUCUCACCUCCCCUGCGUCAAGUUACCGGCAUCAUGGGUUUCUUCUCACGUCGCAACGAGACUGCUGCUGCCAACGGCACUACCGCAGCACCUGUUGAUGGCCAUCAUCAUAAUCAUCAUACUGGCAAACACGCGGCAACCACAAAUGAUUAUGGUGACCCGAGCGUCCUGAACAGCCGCCCUCCGUUUGGCCAGUGGCUCAAGGCAACAUGGCUGGACAUUAUUACCAUGGUCUGCAUGGGCGCCAUUGGUCUUGGUGUCUAUGAAGCACACCCUGCCCCGACUCGCUCGUUCCCGGUCUAUUUUCAGGACGGCGAGGUUGUCUAUCCCGAGUUUGCCUACCCUCUGCGCAAGGAGAUUGUCCCCAUCUGGGCUGCUGCCAUGCUUGGUGCUCUUGUGCCCAUCUUUAUUAUCCUUUGCAUGCAGAUCCGCAUCCGCUCCUUCUGGGAUACAAAUAACGCCAUCAUUGGGCUCCUCUACUCGCUCAUCACCGCCGCUGUCUUCCAGGUCUUCCUGAAAUGGCUCAUCGGAGGCCUACGUCCCCACUUUCUUGAUGUCUGCAAACCCGCAUUGCCUGUGGGCCAGCCGCCGUCAGGAAAUGGAUUUGCCAGCAUCAUGUACGACCGCAGCAUCUGCACGGGCGACACAAAUCAGAUUGACGACUCCCUUGAAUCUUUUCCCUCUGGUCACUCGACCGCUGCCUUUGCCGGCUUUGUGUUUUUGUAUCUUUACCUCAACGCCAAGCUCAAGGUCUUUUCCAACUACCACCCUGCCAUGUGGAAGAUGAUUGCCAUUUACGCUCCGAUUCUCGGUGCCACUCUUAUUGCUGGCGCCUUGACCAUUGAUGAAUUCCACAACUGGUACGAUGUCGUCGCCGGUGCCGUCAUUGGAACCGUCAUGGCCUUUUCCGCUUACCGCAUGGUCUACGCUUCCGUCUGGGACUUUCGAUUCAACCAUAUCCCUCUCACCCGACACUUGCCAUUCAGCUACGGCGCCGGCGCGCCCGGCGCAGGUGGUUUCCACACGGCCAUGUUCACUCGCAAGGCUGGCUGGGGCCACCCUGACGGUGCCAUUGGCGGCGCACCCUUCGACACUGCCGCUGGGACCAUGGGCACCGGCGCAGCGGCCGGAACCCACUCUGGUGCAGGCCACCUCGGCGGGUUCGGCCACCACAAUCACCACGGCCAUGGCCUCGGCCACAGGGAAAGCAUUUCCAGACGUCCUGUCGCUGGCACUGAGCAAAUGGUCUAGUUGCAUGACUAGUGAUCAUAUCGUAUUCCCCAAAUCCUCAUCCUUACUUACCAUCCUCUUUUGAAAGACUUCAAUAAUACCGGUGCAUACAUAAUUUUUCUUCCCCCUUUGGUCCUCUUGCACUCGAUACCUUGUUUCCAAUGCUCCUCUAUUAGUUGUCAAGCAUGCAUCAUUUUGUCGCUAAGGCGCACCGCUUGCAUUUUCUAUUUUCUCAUUUCUGCAUUCUGUGGGAGGACGGGAUGACUCAAUUACCUUUUUUCUUUAGCCGGGGGAAAUGUGGUUUGGAUUGGCGUUUCGACUAUUACUAUUGUCCUCAAGCAUAAGCAUAGGCAUAAGCAGAGCAUAAUCAUAUCUUAAUUAUUCAUCAUCAUCUUCUAUCAAACCAGUCAGAGUCAUAUGCAGUGUGAAAUGACAAUUUCCCAGGUACCUGAAUCCGGCUCUG